CAUUCAUAAUUCAAUGCAAAUUUAGUUGGCCAAUAGAUCCAUUGUGGAGCCAAGAGGAAUCAUGGAGUGUGAGCCAGUUACACCACCUACCACACCACCUUCAAGAGUCGAGAUAGAAUGGUUCAAUAUGGUCUGCCAUGUUGACACCCAUGACAAUCAAGUUGAAGGAGUGAGUGAUUCUUGCAAGGCUAUGAAGAAACCAGGAAAGGAAAAGUUCUCUUGCAAAAAGGAGACCCAAGAGUUGUUCAAGGGUUCUCAUCUCUCCGAUGGUCAUGGAAGAAAGCUCCAAAUGUUCAUCUUUGAAGAGAUACAUCCAAAGAAGGGAAGCCGAUUUGUCAAGGGGGACUUACCUCCUAUUCUUGAAAAUGAAGAGUUCGGGGUAUGCUACAAGCCAUUCACGGAUGAUAACAUCUCUACUAAGGAGCUUAACCCUCACCAACUUGAAAUUCAAUUCUCAAAUGGAUCAUUUCUAUCUUCAGCACCAGAUGCGGCUUCUGAGAGACUCCAUGGUCUUCACCUUGGACUUCACCAUAAGUAUGAAUUCUACGAAGGGUCAUCGGUGAAGAAUGGAGAUCUCUCCAUUUGAGCUUAAGGAAUCAAGUCCCGCGAAAAGAAUUUUAAAGACACGCUUGUUGGGAGGCAACUCAACGUUUCAGUUUGUGUAUCUUUCCUUUUACUUUUUGAUUGAAUAAUAGUUUGGUUAGUACAUAGAAAUGCAUGAAAAAUGAUUGAUACGACUUAGCCCUGACUUUUGGAUGUUUGUUUGAAUGUUUGGAUGAAAGUUUGAACUUAGGAAAGUGGAGAAAAUAAGUUGUCCUAGACAGG